AUGGCACGCUCCGACGAGGCGGAAAUGUGGUAUACUGCCGUCUACAAAGCCAUCCAACAGAUCCCGCCUGGCAGAGUGACGAGCUACGGACAUAUCGCAAGUCUCUUGGGCUAUCCCGAACGACCACGCCAAGUCGGCGUGUGCUUAAAGUACCUCCCUGACACCACCGACCAACCCGACGCGCGCUUCAACAGCUCCACCGUGCCAUGGCAAAGAGUCAUCAACUCGAAAGGGACGAUUAGUCCAAGGUAA